AUGGAUAGGAAAAUCUACAGGAAGUGUUGUUCUUUAUAUGGUUCACGGUUUCCAGGAUUAACUGAAUUACAGAACAUGAGGCUUGUUUAUGUGAGCACAUACAACGUUGUGUUUGGGGCUAAGGAGAUUAUCAAUGGCAAUGAAACCUUACCUUAUUUCCCUCUUGAUGAUUAUGUUGAUCCAUACAGCCGCAGCAAAUGUAUUGCUGAACAGUUAGUUCUAAAGAGCAAUGGGCGCCCUCUCAAGAAGAAGAAUGGAAAUCUCUAUACAUGCGUAAUUCGUCCGGCUGCUAUCUACGGACUAGGUGAGGAGAGACAUCUCCCCCGCAUUAUAAAUCUUUCAAAGUUAGGUCUGCUGCCAUUCAAAAUUGGUGAAGAAAGAGUGAAGUCAGACUGGGUUUAUAUAGAUAACCUUGUUCUGACCCUAAUAUUGGCUAGCAUGGGACUCUUGGAUGACAUUCCCCAGAGGGAAGGACGUCCAAUAGCUGCUGGUCAACCAUACUUUAUAUCAGAUGGGUCUCCAGUCAACAGUUUUGAAUUCCUUCGCCCACUACUCCAGAGCUUGGAGUAUGACCUGCCAAAGCGGUCAUUAGCUGUCUCUCAUGCUCUUGUUCUGGGAAGGAUAUUCCAGUUGGUCUACACUAUCUUAUAUCCAUGGUUGAACCGAUGGUGGCUUCCUCAACCAUUGAUGCUUCCUACUGAAGUACACGAGGUUCACUUCUAAAUUACCUCGUUUUCUGGUUGAAUAUAAUUGUAGACUUGUAAAGCAUUCCUUACUGCUUACAAAAACAACAAACAUUGGGUCUUGGGGGUGGGCUCCCUUCAAGGUUCAGGGAUCGAAACCUCUUAGGUACUAACAAUUCCUUGGGGCCACCGGACUAGGAAAAAACCCUUGAAUUAAUGGUGGUGCACUUGAAGGAAACUCCUUGCCGAGAGCCUGUGCAUCCCUAGGGAUUAGUCGGGCUUUGAUCCUCACACCUAGUGCCAAUCCAAAAAUAAAAUAAAUCAGAGAGAAGGGUUAUCUCCCUUAUAUUAGGGGUUUUUUCCCAUAUAUUAUAGUAGUACAGUCUAAAGUACAAAAGUAUCCUUACACAACGCAACAUAACAUAAAAUCACUUCCUACUUGGAUGUUAUAAAGGGUCAUCUAUAUACCCCUCUACUGGUUUCAAUUUAAGUGGUUAAUGCAACAUAUCGUCACUUUGAUGCAUACCUCCUAUUGCCACUCGGCAGUUUCCUAAAAUUCUGCAGUUCUCACCUGGCCUAGUUACAAUUGAUCCUGCACCUUCCCACAUGGUUUACCAUAAUUCCUUCCACCCCAUCUCAACACCCACAUUUCCAGACAAACUUGAAACAUUCUCUAACAUCUGUUGUUAGGUUUUGCAAGUUUCACUACUGUGUACUGAACCAUAUCUGAUAUAUUUGUGUGUGUUUUAUUUCUUGACAGGUUGGGGUUACUCAUUACUUCUCUUUCCUAAAAGCAAAGGAGGAGCUUGGCUAUGUCCCUAUGGUGAGUCCUCAGGAGGGCAUGGCCGCAACCAUAUCAUAUUUUCAAGAGAGGAAAAUGAGAAGUUUGGACGGGCCUACAGUAUAUACAUGGAUGUUUAGUGUAAUUGGAAUGACUUUGCUAUUUAUUGCUGCAUAUUGGCCAGCUUUCGGACCUAUGUCGCUUUUAAGAGAUUUCUGUCUCUUCUUCUUCCGGUCUAUGUGGGUAAUGAGAAUGGUGUUCAUUUUGGCUACAGCAGCUCAUAUUGGAGAGGCUAUGUAUGCGUGGCAUCUGGCAAAAAAAGUGGAUCCUUUGAAUGUAAGAGGCUGGUUUUGGCAUACUCUUGCGCUUGGGGUUCUUUCAUUGCGUUUCCUGUUGAAGAGAGCCAGGAAGUAAGUUGGAGCAUCUAUUGUCGAUAUAAUCUUUUUAGCAGCUGUAUUUACUACUGUAUAAGGUCAGUUCCUUCGUAGGCAGUAAAAUAGGACACAGCUAGGGGUUUAGAAUUUUUUGGUAGUGUUGAAAAAUGUGAUCAGAGAUCCUCUUUUUAUUUCUAUGAACAACCACUGUGUCUCUAUCAAAGGAGAUUUGAUUUGAUUUGAUUU